UUUCCGCAUCAUCCUUUAUCAUCCUGUUGAAGAGGAGUCUUUUUCAGAGAGUACUGACCCAAGCUGGCCAGGUGCAUAUCCAGUAAAUAUGGUGGGAGGAGGGGCAACGGAGCUUUAGCCGGUCUCACCUUUCAUGACCUCUUGUAAUAAGAUUACCUGGUUCACACGUCAUGACUAGAGAGAGAGACAGAAAGGGGGCAGUUAUCUCGCGGUGGAGCCAGGCUACGGUCCGGGUGGAGUGUUGCUGUGCCUUGCUGUGACUGGUUAAAGAGAUCGGGGCAGCAGUGCUGAUGUGCCCGCGCGAGGAGGAGGAGGCUGUAGCUGCACUGACAGCCGGCAUUGGAGGCUCCUUUCCGGGCACUGGAAGGAUUUUUGUUGAGUACUUCUUAAGCCGAAACAUGGUGGGCAAGCAAUAAGGCUUGACGGAAGAUGCGACGGGGGUGGUGGCUCGUCAGAUGGCUGGGGACAGGAAUGGCAAUCCUCUCUUUGCUAACCCACAGCUGGGGCCAGAACACAGAAGACUGGCACUAUGAGGAGUGUAAGCUGUCCCGGCCUGGUCCCCCUGCAACCAUAGUCACCGUUGACGAGGAGAGCCCAAAUGGUACAGUUUUGGUGGAAAACAUGCAGAUAAAUGGCCGUGCCCAAGACCCAGGCAGAACCAUCUCACUGACGUUGUUGGAUAAUUAUGACUACUGGGUGAUAUUGGAACCAGCACGGCAGAGACUCUACCUCAACAGCACUGGGCGUUUUCUGGACAGAGAUCCCCCCAACUCCAUCAGCACCAUCGUGGUUCAGGUGCAGUGCACAAAUCAGCUGGUUGGUACUAUCAUCUUGCAUGAGGUACGGAUUGUUGUGAGGGACAGGAAUGACAACGCCCCUCGCUUUCAGCAGCCACGCUACUAUGUUGCAGUAAACGAGCUCACACCACCUGGAACAACAAUUUUCACUGGCUUCUCGGGAAAUAAUGGUGCUACGGACAUUGACGAUGGGCCUAAUGGACAUAUAGAAUACAGCAUCAUUUACAACCCCGGAGACCCGGCAUCUAACAGAACAGUAGCAGUCAGCAACAGCCUUUCAGGAAACAUUAUUUUGGCAGAGAGACUAAACUACGAGGACAGAACACGGUACCUGGUUUUGGUCCAAGCCAAUGACCGCGCUCCAUUCCCCCCUAACCGACUAACAGCUACCACAACUUUGACUGUGGAUGUCGAGGAUGGAGACGACCUGGGUCCCAUGUUCCUGCCUUGUGUUUUAGUGAACAACACUCGUGACUGCAACCCCCUCACUUACCGUGCUGCUAUCCCUGAAUUCACUGAACCGAACAAACUGAACCCACUGAAUGUUACCCCUCCGAUCCGUGCUGUGGACAUGGACAGAAAUAUACAGCCCCCAAGUGCCAGACCAAGCAUUCUCUACUACAUCCUAGUUGGUGAACCAAACACAUAUGCAGCAUAUUUCUCUUUGAACAAAACCACUGCAGAAAUGCGCGUCCUGCAGCCAAUCAGCCGGGACUUGUAUCAAAAGUUCACAUUAGUCAUCAAGGCUGAACAGGAUAAUGGUCAUCCCCUCCCAGCAUAUGCUAAAGUCAUCAUUGAAAUCUUGGAUCAGAACAACCAGGCACCAUAUUUCCAGUUUGCUACCUAUCAGGGCUAUGUGAGUGAGUCCUCCCCAGUUGGUACGACUAUCUCAGCCAGUGCCAACCUUACCGCCCCCCUGGGAAUCGUCGCUUUGGAUAAUGACAUUGAGGAGACAAAAGACCCCAUGGUGACGAUUACCCUGGAUGACUACACCGUGAUCUUCAGCCUGACCCCAACUGGGAUAAUCCGCUACCUGAGGCUCCUCAAACCUGUGGACCGGGAAAAGCAGAUGGUCUAUACUUUCACGAUGGUGGCAUCAGAUGGCGUCCAGCAGAGCAGGCCAGUAACUGUCAACAUCCUGGUCAUUGAUGCCAAUGACAAUACCCCCACAUUUGGAGAGGUCUCCUACAGUGUUGAAGUCUUCACCAACAUGCAGCCGGGGGAGACGGUGCUACAGCUGACAGCAUCAGAUGCAGAUGAAGGGCUGAAUGGUUUGGUGACCUAUGAGAUACUGGCUGGCGCCCAAGGAGAUUUCAUCAUCAGUAAUCGCACUGGACGCAUCACCGUGGCACCUGGUGUCACUUUAACUGUUGGGCGAUCUUACACACUCACUGUCAGGGCCUCCGACAAUGCACCAGAGACCCAGAGAAGGAGCUCCAUCACAACAGUCAACAUCGAGGUUUUGCCACCCAACAAUCAGAGUCCACCACGCUUUCCUCUCCCGACAUACAGCCUAGAAGUCAGUGAAGCUAUGAGGAUAGGAGCUAUUCUGCUCAAUCUGCAGGCCAUAGACAGAGAGAACGAUCCGAUCAGAUAUCGCAUUUUGAGCGGGGAUUCCCAGAAGGUCUUUAACCUCACUGAAACGAUUGGCCUUCUACUUCUGGACAAGCCUCUGGACAGAGAGACAACUGACCAGUACCGUCUGAUUGUCACAGCCUCAGAUGGUCACCCUGGAGGGACAACCACAACUACUGUGAACAUAGUUGUUACUGAUGUCAAUGAUAAUGACCCGAAGUUUGAUCUCACCAUACCUUCAAAUUUUUCUGUGCGAGAAGAAGAAGCUAACUUGUUUGUAGGACGAGUAAAGGCCACAGAUCCAGAUGCAGGCGCUAAUGGCCAGGUGCGCUACCGGAUCGUGAAUCAUCCCGACUUGUUUACAAUAAGCGCUAAUGGAAGCAUCUACACACGAGUGCCACUUGAUCGGGAGUCAAGAAGUCAGUAUGACUUGGUGGUUGAAGCCUCGGAUGGGGCAGUAGACCCGCGACGGACCUCUUUCACUGUCUCAGUCCAAGUCACGGAUAUCGAUGACAACAGCCCGGUGUUCUCCCAGCAGACUUAUGUGGUGAAUGUGCCUGAGAACAGCCCUGUGGGAACUGUAGUCCUGCAGCUAAGUGCGGUAGACUUAGAUCUCUUCUCCAAUGUCACUUAUCGGAUCAAGACUGAAUCAGCCAGGCAGCUGUUUUCCCUGAACCCUGUAACAGGGGUGUUAGCUGUACUGCAGACCCUGGACUUCGAGUCCCUGGCAGCUAUGAACAUGGGGGCUUCUUACACAUUCCAGGUAGAAGCUGUCAACCAAGGAGGGGUCAUGCCUCCUGGGCAAGCUUCUGUCACAGUCCACAUCACGGACAUGAAUGACUUCUCCCCCAUUUUUAAGCAAGACCUGUAUAAAGGCAUGGUGGCACCUAAUGCAGAGAAAGGAACAGUCAUUACCACAGUUUAUGCUGAGGACCAAGACCCACCAGGUACUCCGGCCAGUUUGGUUCGCUACAGAGUGGAUCUGAACAGAUCGCCAUACAGUGGGAGUAUUUUUGAUGUGGAAGCAGAAACAGGGAGAAUUAUCACUAAGGUCAACCUCAAUGAAGAGCCCAGUGUCACCUUUAACCUCUUUGUGAUAGCCUAUGACAAUGGGGAGCCAGUGAAGUCUAACAGCACUUUGGUGGAGAUCACAGUCCUUCAGCCUUCUCGCAUCCCAAUCUUCACCCAGGAAGAGUACACGUUCCCUCCAGUUAGUGAGCUGGCUCCUAUUGGCACUUCAGUAGGGAUUAUUCUUGCUGCUGCUAUCAAUCAAACCAUCUUCUACUCCAUUGUUGGAGGAAACGAACGAGGUCAUUUUCAGGUGAACAACAGGACAGGCGUCAUCUCCACGGCAAAACCACUGGAUUAUGAAAACGUGACCAGCUAUGUCCUCAGGGUUCAGGCCGACUCAAUGGUGGUUGUCAUGUCCAACCUCCGUGUGCCUUCUAAAACUAACACAGCCAAGGUGUUCAUUGGGGUUCUGGAUGAGAACGACCACCCUCCUGUCUUCUCCAGGAAGCUCUACAUAGGCGGUGUGGCAGAAGACACUAAGAUCUUCAGCUCAGUGCUCAAGAUAGUGGCCACUGAUAAGGACACUGGGAAUUACAGUGCCAUGGCAUACCGCCUCAUCAUCCCACCCACCCCAGAGGGCCAGGACAGUUUUGUCAUUGAGACCUACACUGGUAUCGUCAAGUCGGCCAUCAUGUUUCGGAACAUGCGCAGAUCCUACUUCAAGUUUGAGGUUAUUGCUACUGAUGACUAUGGAAAAGGUCUUAGCAACCGCGCUGAAGUGGUGGUAAGUAUCCAUAUGAUGCUUUCCGUAGGUACAACACACCCCGAUAUGAUACAAAGUUUCAUCUGUGUGUAUCUCAGUAUUCUGGAGCGCCACGUCCAGGACCAGAUUCCAGGUGCCAAGGUGAUUGUAGAGGCUAUCGGGCCACGUCGCCAUGGUGAUGGCUAUGAGUUAGAAGACUACUCUAAGUCGGACCUGAUGGUAUACGCCAUUGACCCACUCACGAACAGGGCCAUUUCACGUCAGGAGCUUUACAAAUUUCUCGAUGGGAACGUGCUGGAAAUCAAUAAGGAGUUUCAGCCUUACCUGGGUGAAGGUGGCCGCAUUCUUGAGAUUCGCUCCCCAGAUAUUGUAGACACUGUGAAGAAGGCUGCCCAGGCUGUCGGCUACACAGAGGGUGCCCUCCUGGCCCUGGCGAUCAUCAUUAUCCUUUGCUGCAUCCCUGCCAUUCUCAUCGUCAUGGUCACCUACAAACAGUUCAAAGAGCGACAAGCAGAGUGUGCCAAAACUGCCAGGAUUCAGAUGGCUUUACCACCGGGAGGGAAAGCAGCUCCGGCAGCUGCUCCCACUGCUAACCUCUAUGAAGAGUUGGGCGACAGCAGCAUGAGGCGAGGGUACGGCCGACAGCAACAGCAACUGCUGAGGCCAUCUCUUCUGAGACCUGAGGAACUCUCCAUGGAGUCAGGUAUCGACCCUGGCCAGGACUACUACACACAGGACUACUAUAAUUAUGACCAGGGGUACGAGUUUCCUCAGUAUGGCAGUCGGCGGAGGCUGAUAUCACCCAUGUAUGAUGAAUAUGGAGAGGUUAUUGUGGAGGAUGAUGGGUAUUACUACAGUCCACAUGGCCCUGAGCCUGGGAGAAAGAAGCGGAUUAAGUUGAUUGUAGAUCGGGAAAACGAGACCAGCUCCACUGCAGAGGACAGCAGCACAGAGACGCAACGGAACAGACUCCCAAACAGCCACAGCAACAUAAACGGGAAUAUCUACCUCGCACAGAAUGGCACUAUUGUGCGAACUAGGCGACCGCCUCAUCUAAACAACCUAAAGAUGGGUUCUCCAUGUCGGCUGGGUAAGCAUUUUAAAAAACUAGAAAAGCUGGGCGUAACACAUGAAGAACCGCCUCCGGUUAUUAGUGUUGAGGACAUGGGAAACGAAGCAGAAAAUGAAAGAGGUACGAGUGUUCCCUCCAACAUGGACAUCAACCUCAACACUCGGUCCUCUUGUAGUUCCCUGGGUUCCACCAUUAAAGAGCUUAAAAGUUUUGGGUCCAAAACCAAUAUUGCCAAGGCCACAAUUGACAGAAACAGCAGUGGCCCGUGUGUCACUGAGCAGCAAGAGACUUCAGUUGACAACCACAAGAACAGUAGGGAGACACUGGAGUCCCACAGUGACCACACAUUAUCAGAUGAGGAGGAAUUGUGGAUGGGACCUUGGAACAACCUGCACAUACCAAUGACAAAACUCUGACUGGCCAUGCUGAAAAAUUGAUCCCCCUUUUUUGGUUAUUUUCCAUUCUCUAUCAAGUGUUUUUUUUUUUCUUGGUCAUAAAAAUGUGUGCCUAAGCUGGAUAAGCUCCAAUCACAGAUGGGUGAUUGCCCUUAUAGUCACAUUUUAUUUAGUCCUAAUCUGUUAAAGCUUAUUGUAACAAGCGUUUAUCACCAACAGGGCCGUUACAGGUGGGAACAUUGAGCUGAAAGGCAAUGAGUGCCUCAAAGAAAUAUGAAAUUAUAUGUGAAGAGUGCUUGAGUGUACUUUUAAUUUUAUUCAGCACAGAAGAUGGACUUAUUUUAUGGAGUGAAUCCUUUUUUUUUGCAUCGGUUUAUCUUUUUUUUCCUGAAACAGAUCAGAGAUUGUCCAUUACACUAUGCUGUUAAAGGUACUUUAAAGAAAUAUGAAGAAAUUGUGGUAAUGUAGUCUGUGAUGUGGGAAAAGAAAGUUAUUUUGCUAAUGGGGUUGUACUUGCGAAUAAUUCAAAUUGUUACUGAUUAUUUUAUGUUGUGAUCACUCGGUAAUGUUUUUGAGAAUUUAUGAAAAAUAUAUGAAAUUAUUUUUGUCUAUUUUCUAUCUAACAGAUAUGAAGAGUCUAACAUAUGACAUUAAAGACAUAAUAGCCACAUGACUGUCAUUGCUGUAUUUCAACAGUGAAAUAUGACGGUGUGAUCAUAGUGUUUUUAUAUGGACAUUUGUACCUACAGAAUGUGAUAUUUUCAGUCCCUUUACAUGAUGCAGGUUCAGUCUGAUCAUGUCAUGACAGUGGAAGGAAAACCAAAAACAUGUAUCACAUUCAACAAUAAAGGUCUGCCUAUUUUAUUGUUUUGUGAAGCAUAA